AUGGAUUCUUUUCAGAGGCCCGUGAUGGCGGACCUGGUCUCCUCUUUCGUUGCAACGACUAUCACUCCAUCCGCGACCCGCUCUUCGGUGUAUGGAUCUACGGCUCUCGGUACCCUGACCUCGACCUCCGUGCCCCAUAAUGGAUCUGGCAACAGCCACGAGAAACUGCAAAAAUGGUCUUCGCUCAUCGGUAUCAUCACGGCUUUGGUCGGAAAUGUGCUGAUCUCUCUCGCACUUAACAUGCAACGCUACGCUCACAUCCGGAUCGCCCGCGAAUACGAGCUUGAUAAGCUUUCAAAAGACCCUGACUCGCCAGAAGGACAGUUGAGGACGAACUCAUAUGGAACACCCAACGCGGAUCAUGCUCGGAAGAAUGGCCGGGGUAGAACACCAACACAUGAUCGCCGCCGCGAACGACGCAACUUCGCCCCGUACCGCGAUGAGGCAGAAGACGAGGACUUCUUCGAGGUUCGGAAUGGACGGUCCCGACGGAAUACUAGGAGGAACUCAUUCAGUUCCGACCGGACAGCUCGCCCCGGUGGUGAAGAGGGUCAGGGCAACAAGAAGUCCUAUCUGAAGUCUCCGUAUUGGUGGGUUGGCAUUAUACUGAUGACUCUUGGAGAAACGGGUAACUUCCUGGCCUAUGGAUUUGCACCUGCGUCCAUCGUGUCGCCUCUGGGUGUUGUUGCAUUGAUCUCUAACUGUAUCAUCGCACCUUGCUUGCUGAAAGAGAAGUUCCGAUCGCGGGACUUCUGGGGCGUGCUGGUUGCUAUUGCGGGUGCUGUUGUCGUGGUUCUCAGUGCGAAAUCCUCGGAGGAGAAGAUUGGGCCAGGUGAAAUUUGGGACAUGAUCACGACUUGGGAAUUCGAGCUCUACCUAGGAUUGACUUGUGCAUUGAUAGUCGGUCUCAUGUGGGCAAGCUAUCAAUAUGGCCGACGAUCGCUCCUCAUUGAUGUUGGGCUCGUGGCUCUGUUCGGUGGCUACACUGCUUUAUCAACCAAGGGCGUCUCAUCGCUACUGACCUUCACAUUUUGGCAUGUGAUUACGUACCCGGUCUUCUAUCUGCUCGUCUUCAUCCUCGUAUCCAGUGCUCUCAUGCAAAUACGAUACAUUAACCGCGCGUUGCAGCGUUUCGACUCAACGCAGGUGAUCCCUACACAGUUUGUCCUGUUCACUCUGUCGGUUAUUAUCGGCAGUGCUAUCCUUUAUCGCGAUUUUGAAUCUAUGGAUAUCGCUCGUGCCGCAAAAUUCAUCGGAGGGUGUCUCCUGACAUUCCUUGGCGUGUACUUCAUUACAAGCGGUCGCGUGCGUGGAGAUGACGAGUCAACCUUCUCAACUGACGAAGAAGAUGCAUUCGGGUUAUUGGAUGGCGAAAGAUACCGCGACAGCGUGGACAUGUCUCCGCCAGCCCCGGUAUUGCGUACAUCAAACGCUGUAUUGGCCCCCGAGGCCUCCCAGGAUAUGCCCCAGUCUCCCUCGGGGUCCCUCGCAAGUCGCGGUAUCGACGGUGUGAAUGAAGACGAGCUCACACCGCGAGGAGCCCUGUCCCCAGUAUCGUCUUCACCAACUGUCUCUUUGGUCGGGGAUUCUGCACUUUCAGGCAGGUCUCUCGAGCACCCUUCGCCAUUGCGACCUCCAUCGCAGAUGUCAAACCCUUGGGCAGACUCGCAAGACGAAAUCUCACCUUCCAAGUCAGAUCUUGAAAUUUCCCGCCCUGCGAUACCUCCGGCAGAGGAUGAGUCGAGCGGUAUGGAAUCGACAGUUCUUUUGCAAUUUCCUCCUGCACCCGGGAUCGAUGAUAGUGCAGCUGGCAUCCGUCGAGCCUCGACUCCCACUGCGAAUGAUGAGCCUCAGCUUUCGGAUAGAGCACGUGCUAGCCUUGAAACCCCUAGGCGCUCAACGCGUCACACCCCUUUAAAUCGGUACUCCCCUGGUCCUUUUCUCCCGACUCUUUCCGGAGGUAUCAGUGCCGUUGUUGUCGAAUCGCUUCGCCGCGGUGAACAUAGCCCUUUGAAGGAUCGAAGCAGACGCAAAGGCAGUCGCCGGAAGCAGCUGGAUGGAGCCUUUGGCGAUAACCCGGUCCGUUACCAAGAUGGCGAUCUAGAACCCGACGACGGACACCAAAGCUCCUUGACUGUUGCCAAUGAGCGGCUUCAGUCUGCUACUGAUAACAGCGUUGCAGCCGAGGAAGCUGGUCGGUCUACGCCUGCUCUUGCCACAGAGCUUUAUACAACCCAGACGAAGAAAUCCGAUGAAGAGGGCACUCGUCUGCGCAGCUUCAGCGAUUCGUGGAAUGGCGGCCUCGCCUGGCUGGGCGGGGCAUUGCGAAGAAACUCAGUUCCCCGCAAUGCUCAGAACACCGUCACAGAAGACACAAUCCAGAGAGGGCACUUAAACACGCAGGUUGAUUCCGAAUCUCACAACCAUCAAUAG